UCACCUCGCUCGCUUGCUCAAUGUCCACUGUUCAAUGUUACCUUUUGUGCUGGAGUUGGUAUUGUGUAGUAAGAUGUUAUUAGGUGUAUAAACUGAUUUCACAAUUAAGAAAAAGUUUAAUAGAAAUUUGAGCUUCCAUCUUGCGUAAAGUGCUUUCCGAGCUUAAAAUAAGUGCAAAUUAUAAAAAUAGUUGUGAUGUAGUACUCUUGAUCUACAACAGUGUAAAAAUUCCUUUCCUUAGUUUUUGUUUUGUGAAUGUGCACUCCUACUGGAUCAAUAGUGUAGUACUACAAAUAUAAAAUUUAUUCCACUUGCUCAAUAGGGAGUUUGUGUGUGUGUGUGUGCGCCUAUGAGCCAAGGAAGGUUUAUGAUGAAUUCCAACAAUCAUGGCCCGCCUCGAAGAAAUUCUUCGUCCUUCAAUCGGCACACUAAUAAUCAUCACUCCACUCGUGCAACUCACGGGCACAGAUGGCCGAAUCGGUAUACAAAAGAAUUUGGAAGAGAUUAUGAUAACAAUUUUAACAGAGGAGAGUGUUCCGUCAAUAACACCCUGCCAAAGGAACAAAAUUAUGUGCAUCCCAAAUCGCAACUUAGCCCACCAAUUCGUAAUAAUCACGUGCAUUUUGUUGGAAACGAACCUUCGGUUCAUCAAGAUCGUCGUCACAUGCCUAACUCCAUGGAUCGUAGAAUAAACCAAGGGUAUCAACAGAAUGGUGAAAGGAGGCAUCAUUUAGGUCUGUCGGAUAGAAGACACAUAUCCCCGCCUUUACAUAUAAAUGUUUGUGAAAAUUCUUCACCGAUUUUGAAUGGUUCACAAAAUGAGGGCUUACAAAGAACUCUUAUAGAUUUUUCAAAUUCACAAAGAAGACAUGGACGUGAAGUUCGCGUAAGUCCAGUGCACUUUCAACAGCACUCCCCUCAGUUCUAUAGGCAAAAUAGUGAUGAAAGUAUUAAAAGUGAAAGUCCGUCCCGUAAACGAAGACGCUUAUCACGAUCGGGUCAUCACAUUGAGCUAAAUACGCAACCUGCAUCUCCACCAAGAAGAUCUCCUAGACAGCACCAUCUAUCAGCUUCCCAUCACAAUCUUCAGCCCUUUCAUAUGCAAGGAAGUCCUCCAAUUCGUCGUCCCCGUUAUAGAGACAGAAAUGAUUUCCAACACCCUCAUCAUCAACCUUUCUUACCCAGUCCCCCACCUACGACGCAUCCCCAUCCUCAUCAGUCAACGGUAAUGAUGGAUCUAAACCAGGUAUCGGUGCCCAUACCUGUCAACCAUGAAGCAGUCUGGAGUUAUACACCGCCUCAUAUUUCACUUUGCUCAGCUCCGCCUGGUGCUCCACCUCACAUGCACAGCUGCCACGUACAUAACAUUUACCCGCCUCCCCAUCAAUUAAUACCUCAACAGUAUCCCAAUUGUUUCCCACCUCAGGGAUAUGGAGGAUUUACGAAUACUCCUAAUGCGUUACCUGUUUCAAAUCAACAUUAUCCGCAUUCACAUCAACAUUUACCCCCACAGCGACCAGAUUCAUUAGAAAUGGAACUAUUAAAUGACCACCACCCCCACACUCAUACAAGUUUACAUCCCACUCCAUCUCUUCAUGUCCCCUCCUUACAAAUGUCUCCGCCUGCGUCAAUAUUUAUGCCAGCUGACUCUCGUGGUAACCAACUCGAGCUUCUUCAUAUGCGCACUCGGCAGCAUCGCAAUGCAAGAUUACCUCCGCCACGAACACGUUGGCAUCAUAAUGGUCCAUUGAUGCCUACAACUGCACAGUAUUCGGGCUUCCUUUUACAUUUUCUUGUAUCAACCAGGGCAAUGUUUUCCAACCCGCCGAUGUCUCCAUUCAGUCAAACAGAUCUAAGCAGUUCCGAUUCGACAGAGACAGAAAAUUAUGAAGCGUUGCUCAAUUUGGCAGAGCGAUUGGGCGAGGCCAAACCACGUGGCUUGGGAAAAUUGGAAAUUGAACAGCUUGUUAGUUACAAAUUUAACGCUGACACCCAUCAAGGCGAUCAAACGUCGUGCGUUGUUUGUAUGUGCGAUUUUGAAGCUCGUCAACUGCUUCGUGUAUUGCCAUGCUCACAUGAAUUCCAUGCUAAAUGCAUUGAUAAAUGGUUGCGGCUUUGGUGGCGAAAGGUAGUCAACACGAGACGAUGGCCUCUCUUAUCAACCUCUUUAAAUCCAGAUCGAGCUGAAGUGAAUUUUAAUUUUAUCUUUUGUUAACAGUCCAACAGAACAUGCCCAAUAUGUCGUGGGAACGCCUCAGAAUAUUUCAACAAUGCGGAGUAGUGCGGCCACAAGGAAAUUUAGUAAUACUAUACUUGGUAGCUGUAAAUUUAUUACAAUAUUAAUUCUACAAAUCUUAAGAGUUUUGUGCAGUGCCAUUAGUUGCCAGUAAUAGCUUUAAAUUGUCGCCAAUAAAUGUUUCAAUGGUUUUCUUUUUAUCUUAAUAAUAGUCAUUAUGGUAGAUAAUUAAGCUUUGUACUUGGUUUUAUAAAUAAUUGCAACACAUUUCGUGCGUCAAUGUGCACCCGUACUUUUUAAGUGUAUCUACCUCCAAAGGCGUUACAUUAGCUUUACACCAACUUUAUUUUAAGACUAAUAAGUGUGCUUGGAUGUUCUAAUUAAAAAAGUUGGUAUGAAAUUGUUUUGUUUUAUUUUUUAUUUGGUGAAUGUGUAAUGCUUGCCCUUUCCGCAUUAUUAGUGUGAAUGUAUUUGUUAUGGAUUGUUAUUAGUUUUAAUUAUUUGAUU